GGGUUGACCAGAAUUAUCGAAUUUUUAGAUAAAACACGUUUACAAAGGUGAUGAAGCGAAGCCAUUCUGAAGACAAUAAAAAUUUGCAGACUGGUAACAAAGUUUAUUUGGAUUACAAUGCCACCACGCCUAUGGAAGAAAAUGUAAAAAACAGAAUAACCGAAGCAAUGACAAGAGCAUGGGGAAACCCUAGCAGUUCUUAUGACGCAGGUGUUAAAGCUAAAGAAAUGAUUAACGAAGCAAGAUCUCACGUUGCGAAGAUGUUGAAUGCAAGCGAAUCGGAAAUAAUAUUUAUGUCCAGUGGAACAGAGGCUAAUAAUCACGUAAUUUGGAAUUGUGUGGAAUAUUUUCAAGAAUACAAUAAAACGAAAAGGACUUUUUCCGACGACGUCAAACCGCAUAUCAUUACGACGACGAUUGAGCAUGAUUCUAUUUUGAAAGUGUUGCGUCAUAUGGAAGCCAAGAAGUUAGUUGACGUCACCUACGUGUGUGUGCCGGAGAAGUUGGGCCAUGUUGAUGCCAGUGAUAUUUUGCAGAACGUCCGCAAUGAAACUGUCCUGGUGACAGUGAUGCUGGCUAAUAAUGAAACAGGAGCAAUCCAGCCAAUAAAAGAAAUAUGCAGCAAGUUGUCGAAACUCCAAGUAAGCCGUCACACGAAGAAUUUACCUACCAUUUAUGUACAUACAGAUGCCGCGCAGGCGAUUGGGAAACUUGAAGUUGAUGUGCAAGUCUUGGGUGUUGACUACUUGACUCUUGUUGGGCACAAAUUUUAUGGACCUAGAAUCGGUGCAUUAUGGGUCCACAGUAAAUGUCCAUUGUAUCCUAUGUUACACGGUGGUGGACAGGAGUAUGGGAAACGGCCUGGUACGGAAAAUACUUGUAUGAUAGCCGGACUUGGAGAAGCUGCUAAACUUGUGAAUGAAAAUUUAUAUCUGUAUAACUGUCACUUUUACGAGAUUCGUCGAUACCUUAAAGAAAAACUUUUAGAAGUAUUCAAGGAUAAGAUUGUGUUUAAUGGACUUGCUUGCCCAACUUUACCUAACACUUUAAAUGUUUCCUUCACUGAAAGUGAGUCAUUACGAGGCAGAAAAAUCUUACAAAACUGUGUUUGUUUACAAGCGAGUGUUGGAGCAGCAUGUCAUACAUCCCUUGGAGAUAAACCUUCGGCUAUUCUUUUGGCGCAUGGUAUCCCAGAACACAUUGCGAACAACGCGAUUCGUUUGAGCAUAGGACGUGAAACAACAGAGGAUUGUAUUGAUAAAGUGGUGGAGGAUUUAAGAGCAGCUGUACAACGAAUACUCCAAUGAAGGGGUGUUACAGCUAUGAUGGUCUUUAAUGACGCGGUGUAUGGUAUGUAUCAAACUUUGGCUAGUGGGAAUUUUUUGAAAUUGUUUAUCAAUUUGUUAGAAAUUUUGACAAUUUAGUGACAAAUAUAAAAGAAAUGGAUUUUACGUCGUUGCUAGUCCUUUCUAAAUUUUAGGGUUAAUUUUUAUCUAGAAUAUUUUUAUUUCUUAUUUCUUAAUAUUUAUUAAAUUUUAAAUAUUUAUAAUAUUUAAGUUAGGAAGGUCAUUUUAAAUGUCUGUUUAUAUAAAAAACGGGUCUGUUGGUGUAGCCAAAUUUUAUCCCGCUUAAGCAAAAUGAGAAAUGUCAGAUUUUUUCCUCGUAAACACUUCAACCAUUCGUAUAAUUUUUUCUCCUACCAUUUUCCUUGUAAAGGUGGAACAUCAUCCUAUUGUUAGUGUUUGACGUCAAUUAUUCCAUCCUGUCGUCAUGUAAACAGCUUAUUUCAUUCUGGUGUUGUCACUACUACUGGGAAUGAAAUAAACUCCUGCAAAAACUCCUGGAAAAUAAUUUUUCUAAAUCUGCCAUUUCGUUAUAGGUUCAUGUGUUAACCUCCAAAUUAUGGGAAUUGUUUACGUUUCUUUUCUUUUCAAUAAAAUCUUUGUUUUUAUCGAACCGUAUCACCGUAAAAUCCUUGACUACACUUCGUAAAAAACGAAUUACCACCCGAAUGAUCUUAUUGAAACAAAAGUUAGAUUUUAUAUUUUACAAUACAUACAUAAGAACGUACAAAAUAUAAUUUUUUAUGAAAAUAUAGAAAUACAUUUUAUUUAGUGCUCCGUUUAUAUGAGUACAUUUCGACAUUUUGACAUGCGCAUAACAAUAAACGAAAACAAAAUCA